AUGGCCCGCGUAUAUACCGACGUAAAUGCAGUUCUCGGACCUGCGUGGUACGAGUUUGAGAGCACGAAGAUAGAGUGGAACGUGCCAGAUCGUUACGAGAUCACUCGGCGGAUCGGCGGUGGCAAGUAUUCCGAUGUCUUUGAAGGCGUCGACUCGUCGAACGAGGAGAUUGUCGUCAUCAAAGUGCUCAAGCCGGUAGCGAAGAGAAAGAUCAAGCGGGAGAUCAAGAUUCUUCGCAACCUCUCUGGUGGCCCCAACAUUGUCGGCCUGGUGGACGUCGUGCGCGACUUUGCCUCACGAUCCCAUAGCUUGGUCAUGGAGUAUGUCAGAAACGCGGACUGGAGGGACAUAUACCGUUCCUUGACCGAACUAGAAAUCAAGCAAUAUCUGUUCCAGCUACUGAGGGCUCUGGACUUUGCGCACUCCCGCGGAAUCAUGCAUCGCGAUGUCAAGCCGGGCAACAUUAUGUAUGAUCGCGAACAACGCAAGCUAAGACUCAUUGACUGGGGUCUGGCCGAGUUCUACCACCCGGGCACGGAAUACCCUCCACGAGUUGGCUCGAGAUAUUGGAAGGGCCCAGAAUUGCUCGUCAGCCACAGGACAUACGACUACAGCCUUGAUUUAUGGAGCGUAGGCUGUAUCCUCGCUGCGCUGGUGUUCCGCAAGGAGGCCUUCUUCCGUGGCAGAGAUAACGAAGAUCAGCUACUGAAGAUCGUGAAAGUGCUCGGCACAGACAGCUUCGAACAGUACUUGUUUACCUACAACCUCUGCCUUACGAACGUGAGCGACGAACUCGUGCAGCAACAUGCCAGACUGCCUUGGUCACGUUUCGUAACGGCAGAGAACCGAACUGCAGCAACGCCGGAGGCCCUCGACCUGCUCGACAAGUUACUACGAUAUGAUCACCGAGAACGACUGACAGCGGCCGAAGCGAUGGCGCAUACUUAUUUCAAUGUUGUACGACUGCAGACUCCGUCAAACCCUGCGGAGUGCUUCAGCGACUCCGGCUUCUACUCGACUUGA